AUGGCAGGUGGCAGGAGGGGUGGUAGGGGAGGACGAAGAGGUGGUCGGGGUUCGCAAUCUGGUGGCCGUGGCUCGCAAUUUGACGAAUAUACCCCAAAUUCUGGCCGUGGUGCUCAAACUGGUGGCCGUGGUGCUCAAUCUGGUGGCGGUGGUGCUCAAUCUGGUGGGCAUGCAAAGGUUUGUCAGAAAGUUGAUGAUGCUGUGUACAGGGACAAUACACUUAGUGAGGGUGGUAAGAUGAAGCAAUUGGGUAAAGUUAUCGAAAGAAGCAAGGAGGAGCGGACAAGGCCUGAAAAUGUAAAUUGUCGGGUGGAGAUGUUUGGUAUGAUUUUGAAUGAUUUUUGUUACAAAAAGAGGAAGCUAGUUAAGGAGAUGGGAUUUGCUGGACUAUUUGGUUUGAUUGAUAGGAGACUUCCUAGGGAGUUGGCUUAUUGGCUUGGUACAAGGGUUGAUGUACCUAAUAAUUGCCUUGUUACUCCGGAUGGGCUAGAGUUUACUUUUGACCCUAUUCAAGUACAUUUGGUUCUUGGCAUUCCAAUGGGCAGUCUGCUGGUCCCCAAGGAUGUAGUUACUGAACAAAUGAAAAAUUUUGUUAAAGUUGUUGUAACUCAAUUCAGCACGACUACACCUAGCAAUGUGCAAGGGAUACCUAGGAAAAAUUUAGUGGAAGCAGUUUCGGGUCCACUUGAAAAUGUUGAUGAGUUUAAGGUUGCAUUCCUGCUUCUGGCCUGGUGGAUGUUCUAUGUCCUACAACAUCUCAUUGGCUUUGUCCUAAGCUUAUAAUAGCAGCCAUUACAGCAAAUGACCCUGAGGCGUAUGAUUGGUGCACAUUAGUCCUUGAUCAACUUAUGUAUGCUGUUAAAAGCUUUGCCAGGAGGUUUUACCCAACGGGGUAUUCCAAAUCGCUUGGAGGGUGUACAAUUUUUCUUUCAAUAAUGUAUCUUGAUCGGUUGAGACGACCCCUGUGAAGUGGGGAGUUUUUCCUCGGAUGACUGUUUGGACAGAAACCGAGAUAAGAAAGGCGAAGAAGGCUGAUCGUAUUCCGAAUGGGGAUUUUGGAAAAUUAGGGUGUGUGAAUGCGGCGUACGGUAAGCCACAUGAAAGGGCUGCAAUGGACGUUAUGUCGGUUAAAAGAAGGGUCGGUGCUGUUGCUGUUCAGGUAUUACUAGUCUCAUCCAGAGAGAUGGUGCUAGUGGUAUAACAUACACUAGGAUGUCUAUAUAAAGACUAUGAUUCCAAAUGUUCAAAAACAUGAUGUAGUAUAAAUUAUUGCAUAUCCUUCAAAAAGAGGAAGCAUGAACAAAAUUAUACAAAAAAAGAGGAAGCAUGAACAAAAUUUAACAAAAAAGAAGCAUGAUGUAGUAUAAAUUAUUGCAUAUCCUUAUAAAUUAUGCUAUGCCCUUUUACAAAAACAAAA